CUCUUUCCCAAAGAUAGAUGUUCACAAUUCACUUCACCCACCCAGUAGUACUACAACAACAAGAACCUGCUUUUUCAUCACCAAGCCUUUGUCACCCCAAAGUGAUCCACUCAACCAUUCCAUCUUAUAUACAUCUCUUUCUCAUCUCAACGUUUAUACUAACCACAAACAUCAUAACCUCUAUCUCCUUCCCCUCUAUCCCCUCCUCUCUCAGAAUGAGUCAUUCAUUCUUCGUCUCUGUUAUUAUUGGAGUCAUCAUUUCCAUGACUAGCAUAUCACAUGUUAUGAGCAGUACCAACCAGUCUCAGUUUUUUUCUCUGAUGAAGGAGUCUCUAUCAGGGAACUUCCCUCUGGAUUGGGAUUACAGAGUUGGGAAACCAUUCUGCAACUUCACAGGAGUUGCCUGCAACAGCAAAGGUGAUGUUAUCAAUCUAGACUUUUCAGGCUGGUCACUUUCAGGGAACUUCCCUUCAGAUUUCUGCUCUUACCUUCCAGAGCUGAGAGUUCUUAAACUCAGCCAUACCAGGUUCAAGUUCCCUGCACACAGCAUAGUCAACUGUUCCCACUUGGAAGUGCUUGACAUGAAUCACAUGUUUCAGACCACCACACUCCCCAACUUCUCUCCUUUGAAAUCUCUCAGGAUUCUUGACCUAUCCUACAACCUCUUCACUGGUGAAUUCCCCAUGUCAGUUUUCAACCUGACAACUCUGGAGGUGCUCAACUUCAAUGAAAACCAAGGCUUCAAAUUCUGGCAGCUCCCAGCAAGAUUUGACAGGCUGCAAAAUCUCAAAACCAUGGUGCUGACAACAUGCAUGUUGCAUGGCCAAAUCCCAGCAUCCAUAGGAAACAUGACUUCUCUUAUUGAUCUUGAAUUGAGUGGGAAUUUCCUCUCAGGGAAAAUUCCCGCAGAGCUUGGAUUGCUGAAGAACUUGCAACUGCUUGAGCUUUACUAUAACUACCAUCUAGUUGGGAACAUACCAGAGGAGCUGGGAAAUCUCACUGAGCUCAUAGACCUGGACAUGUCGGUGAACAAGCUGACAGGGACCAUCCCAGAAUCCAUAUGUCGCCUUCCCAAGCUUCAAGUUCUGCAGCUUUACAACAACAGCCUCUCAGGAGAAAUCCCAGGUGCGAUUGAGAACUCAACAGCCUUGAGCACCCUAUCUCUCUACGACAACUUCCUGGGAGGACAUAUUCCCAAGAAGCUGGGACAGUUCUCAGGAAUGGUGGUUCUGGACCUGUCUGAAAACAGAUUGACUGGUCCAUUGCCAACAGAAGUUUGCAAAGGAGGUAAGCUGCAAUACUUCCUUGUCUUGGAUAACAUGUUUUCUGGUGAGAUACCAGAGAGUUAUGCAAACUGCAUGCAGCUGUUGAGGUUUAGAGUCAGCAAUAACCGUUUGGAGGGCACAGUUCCCAAGGGACUCCUUGGUCUACCAUACGUUUCAAUCAUUGAUUUGAGUAGUAAUAAUUUGACUGGUCCAAUUCCCGAGAUUAAUGGGAACUCUAGAAACUUGUCUGAACUGUUCCUACAGAGGAACAAGAUAUCAGGACUCAUACCUCAUACAAUCUCUAGAGCUUUUAGCCUUGUCAAGAUUGAUUUCAGCUAUAAUCUUCUCUCAGGUCCAAUCCCUUCUGAGAUUGGCAACCUGGGAAGGCUGAAUUUACUCAUGUUACAAGGGAACAAGCUGAGUUCUUCAAUCCCAAGUUCACUCUCCUCCUUGAAGUCCCUCAACCUUCUUGAUCUCUCCAACAACCUCUUAACUGGGACCAUCCCUGAAAGCCUCGCUGUGCUGCUACCCAAUUCCAUUAACUUCUCUCAAAAUUUGCUUUCUGGUCCAAUUCCUCCCAAGUUAAUCAAAGGGGGUUUAAUUGAAAGCUUUUCAGGCAAUCCAGGUUUGUGUGUGCUGCCAGUAUAUGCUAAUUCAUCUGAUCAAAAGUUCCCCCUAUGUUCACACGCCAACAAGAGCAAGAGGAUAAACACCAUCUGGGUAGCUGGGGUAUCAGUGGUUUUGAUCUUUAUUGGAGCUGUCUUGUUCCUCAAACGUAGGUGCAGCAAGGACACAGCUGUUAUGGAACAUGAGGACACACUGUCUUCUUCAUUCUUCUCUUAUGAUGUUAAGAGCUUUCACAAGGUUACUUUCGACCAAAGGGAGAUCGUUGAAUCCAUGGUGGAUAAGAACAUCCUGGGGCAUGGAGGGUCUGGCACAGUGUACAAGAUUGAGCUGAGAAGCGGUGAUAUUGUUGCAGUCAAGAGGCUUUGGAGUAGAAAAUCCAAGGAUUCAACUCCAGAGGAUCGGUUGUUUGUGGACAAGGCAUUGAAAGCUGAGGUGGAGACACUGGGGAGUAUAAGACACAAGAACAUAGUCAAACUCUACUGCUGCUUCACCAGUUUGGACUGCAGCUUGUUGGUCUAUGAAUACAUGCCAAAUGGUACUCUAUGGGAUUCUCUGCACAAAGGUUGGGUCCUUUUGGAUUGGCCUACUCGUUAUAGAAUUGCACUGGGGAUUGCACAGGGUCUAGCAUACCUCCACCAUGAUUUGGUUUUUCCCAUCAUUCAUAGAGAUAUCAAGUCAACUAACAUCCUAUUGGAUGUUGAUUACCAGCCCAAAGUUGCAGACUUUGGGAUCGCCAAGGUUUUGCAAGCAAGAAGCGGGAAGGAUUCCACAACAACUGUUAUUGCAGGAACAUAUGGUUACUUGGCCCCAGAAUAUGCAUAUUCACCAAGGCCCACCACCAAGUGUGAUGUGUACAGUUUUGGGGUGAUUUUGAUGGAGUUGUUGACUGGGAAGAAGCCUGUUGGGGCAGAAUUUGGAGAGAACAGAAACAUAGUCUUUUGGGUUUCAAACAAAGUAGAAGGCAAGGAUGGGGCUAGACCAAGUGAGGCACUUGAUCCAAGACUAUCAUGUUCAUGGAAGGAUGACAUGAUUAAAGUGCUGCGGAUUGCCAUUCGCUGCACCUACAAAGCCCCAGCUAGUAGACCAACCAUGAAAGAGGUUGUUCAGCUUCUGAUUGAGGCAGAGCCACGAAAUUCUGAUUCUUGCAAGUUGUCAACCAAAGAUGCAUCAAAUGUCACUAUAAUAAAGAAGCCAUUUGAAUUGUAAUUAACUAAGUAGCAUAAAGGGGUGAGAGGGAGCAUAAGACAACUUAGAUAAACAGUCUCUCUUGAGAUAACUGAGAGGCUCACUGUAUAGUAGAGAACAAACUACUAUAAUCUUUUUUCUAGACAAGCAAAUAUGUAGAUUUUAUCUUUGA